AUGGCCGAUAAAGAAGCUGCGUUCAACUGUGCCAGGGAGCAGAAGCUGAUUAAUGAAGAGCACGCGCUCUGGAAAAAGAACGCCCGCGCCCUUUACGACCUGGUCAUCACACAUGCCCUGGAGUGGCCCAGUUUCACUGCCCAGUGGUUGCCCGAUGUCACCAGACCAGAGGGGAAGGAUUACAGUGUGCACAGGCUGGUUCUUGGGACACGCACCUCUGAUGAGCAGAAUCACCUGAUGAUCACCAGCGUGCAGCUUCCAAAUUAUGCCUCACAAUACAAGUUUGGAGGCUUCGGUUCAGUGAGUGGUCAAAUUGAGGUUGAGAUCAAGAUUAAUCAUGAGGGGGAAGUCAACAGAGCUCGCUACAUGCCUCAGAACCCUUGCAUCAUUGCCACAAAGCCGACAACCAGUGAUGUGCUGGUUUUUGAUUACACAAAGCACCCCUCCAAGCCAGACCCCUCUGGUGAGUGCACUCCAGACCUGCGUUUGAGGGGCCACCAGAAGGAGGGCUGUGGCCUCUCCUGGAACCCAAACCUGAGUGGUUACCUGCUCAGUGCCUCUGAUGACCAUACAAUCUGUCUUUGGGACAUCAGCAAAGUGCCCAAGGAAGGGAAGAUUGUGGAUGCGAAGACCAUCCUUACAGGUCACACUGCUGUGGUGGAGGAUGUAUCCUGGCAUUUGCUACACGAAUCUCUCUUUGGGUCUGUGGCUGAUGACCAGAAAAUGAUGAUUUGGGAUACACGAUCCAACAACAUCUCCAAACCCAUCCAUGCAGUGGAUGCCCACACUGCUGAGGUCAACUGCCUGCUCUUCAAUCCCUACAGCGAGUUCAUCUUGGCCACCGGCUCAGCAGACAAGACUGUGGCUAUCUGGGACAUGAGGAACCUGAAGCUAAAACUACACUCCAUGGAGUCGCACACAGAUGAGAUCUUCCAGGUUCAGUGGUCCCCCCAUAACAAAAGCAUCCUAGCCUCCAGUGGAACAGAUAGACAGCUGAACGUCUGGGACCUGAGUAAGAUUGGGGAGGCGCAGUCACCCGAGGAUGCCGAAGAUGGUCCUCCUGAGUUGCUGUUCAUUCAUGGUGGACACAGAGCUAAGAUAUCCGACUUCUCCUGGAAUCUGAACGAGCCCUGGGUCAUCUGCUCAGUGUCAGAAGACGACAUCAUGCAAGUUUGGCAGAUGGCUGACUGUAUCUACAAUGAUGAGGACCCAGAAGGAGCUGCAGAUAGAGGUCCAGGCAUGAGUUAA